UCCUUCGUCUAUUCAUAGUAGGACGUGAUCUGCGUGUUUAUAAAGUUGAAGUAUUUUGAACUAUCGGCUUUUUUUACUCGCAAGUGAUUGUGGGAGUUGUAGUUUCCGCAGGGCUUGUAUUACUGCACGUAGACUGGUAGCUGGCAGAAUAUCAGGCUCUCAAUGAAGACCGAUGCUACCGUUAGCGUGAUGUCACCAUUCAGUUGUGGGUGAUCAGCAGUGUGCCAGCAUCUAAAGGAACCAAAUCAUUGCAACUUGUACCCUGAUCAGGCACCUUAUACUGGACGCAAGUGCACUUCUUCCCUCAAGAAGAUCAUAUCCCGGGAAGAAUGUGUAUUUCUGGUUACCUGCGGGGCUAGCACUGAUGGAGUAGGGGGGAUUUAUCUGGUUUCCUAAUUACCAGGAUUACAACUUGCCUUUAAUUUACUCCUGCAGUAAGGCACAGACCACAGGGUGGACAUGGCCAGCCUCAGUAGCAGCUUUCUUGUGCUCUUUCUCUUAUUUCAGAACAGCUGCUACUGUUUCAGGAGUCCCCUCUCUGUCUUUAAGAGGUAUGAGGAAUCUACCAGAUCACUUUCCAAUGACUGCUUGGGAACCACGCGGCCCGUUAUGUCUCCAGGCUCAUCAGAUUAUACUCUAGAUAUCCGCAUGCCAGGAGUAACUCCGACAGAGUCGGACACAUAUUUGUGCAAGUCUUACCGGCUGCCAGUGGAUGAUGAAGCCUAUGUAGUUGACUUCAGACCACAUGCCAAUAUGGAUACUGCACAUCACAUGCUUCUAUUUGGAUGCAAUAUACCUUCUUCCACUGAUGAUUACUGGGACUGUAGUGCGGGAACUUGCAUGGACAAAUCCAGUAUAAUGUAUGCCUGGGCAAAGAAUGCACCACCCACCAAACUUCCAGAAGGAGUUGGCUUUCGUGUUGGAGGGAAAUCAGGCAGUAGAUAUUUUGUGCUUCAAGUUCACUAUGGAAAUGUGAAAGCAUUCCAGGAUAAACAUAAAGAUUGCACGGGGGUGACAGUACGAGUAACACCUGAAAAACAACCGCAAAUUGCAGGCAUUUAUCUUUCAAUGUCUGUGGACACUGUUAUUCCACCUGGGGAAGAGGCAGUUAAUUCUGAUAUCGCCUGCCUCUACAACAGGCCGACAAUACACCCAUUUGCCUACAGAGUCCACACUCAUCAGUUGGGGCAGGUCGUAAGUGGAUUUAGAGUGAGACAUGGCAAGUGGUCUUUAAUUGGUAGACAAAGCCCACAGCUGCCACAGGCAUUUUACCCUGUAGAGCAUCCAGUAGAGAUUAGCCCUGGGGAUAUUAUAGCAACCAGGUGUCUGUUCACUGGUAAAGGCAGGACGUCAGCAACAUAUAUUGGUGGCACAUCUAACGAUGAAAUGUGUAAUUUAUACAUCAUGUAUUACAUGGAUGCGGCCCAUGCUACGUCAUACAUGACCUGUGUACAGACGGGUGAACCAAAGUUAUUUCAAAACAUCCCUGAGAUUGCAAAUGUUCCCAUUCCUGUAAGCCCUGACAUGAUGAUGAUGAUGGGACAUGGUCACCACCAUACAGAAGCUGAGCCUGAGAAGAAUACAGGACUUCAGCAGCCUAAACGGGAGGAGGAAGAAGUAUUAGAUCAGGGUGAUUUCUAUUCCCUUGUUUCCAAACUGCUAGGCGAGAGGGAAGAUGUUGUACAUGUCCAUAAAUACAACCCCACAGAUAUGCUAGAUUCUGAUCUCGUAGCUGAGAUCGCUAAUGUCGUGCAAAAGAAAGAUCCUGGCUGGUAUUACACCAGGCAAGUCCUGGGGCACGACAAGCAGCCUAACACUGUUUUGGUCAGAGACCGAAUUCACAAAUUCCAUAAAUUAGAAUCCACCUUGAGACCACCAGGGAAUACGCUCCCCCAGGUGCAGCAAGCUAGACCUGCUGGAGCCAACACCAGGGAGAAGCAGCAUCUAGGAGAUGUCCAUUUAGAGGAAGAUACAGACUGGCCGGGGGUGAACCUCAAAGUGGGACAAGUGUCAGGCUUGGCUCUGGAUCCCAAGAAUAAUCUGGCUAUUUUUCACAGGGGGGAUCAUGUCUGGGAUGAAAACUCAUUUGACAGGAACUUUGUUUAUCAACAAAGAGGAAUCGGACCAAUCCAGGAGAGCACCAUCCUUGUUGUUGAUCCAAGCACCUCUAAAGUCCUCAAGUCAACAGGGAAAAAUUUGUUUUUUUUGCCCCACGGCCUGACUAUCGACAGAGAUGGGAAUUACUGGGUCACAGAUGUAGCCCUUCAUCAGGUUUUCAAAUUGGGAGCUGGAAAAGAAACACCACUCCUUGUAUUAGGGAGGGCAUUUCAGCCGGGGAGUGAUCGAAAACAUUUCUGUCAGCCUACUGACGUUGCAGUCGACCCAAUAACUGGCAACUUCUUUGUGGCGGAUGGCUACUGUAACAGUCGCAUCAUGCAGUUCUCACCUAAUGGAAUGUUCAUCAUGCAGUGGGGAGAAGAAACAUCCUCAAACGUUCCCAGACCUGGUCAGUUCCGCAUCCCGCACAGUCUGACAAUGGUACCUGACCAGGGACAACUAUGUGUAGCCGACAGAGAGAAUGGCCGGAUCCAGUGCUUCCAUGCUGAAACGGGCAACUUUGUCAAGCAAAUCAAGCAUCAGGAAUUCGGAAGAGAGGUGUUUGCUGUCUCGUAUGCACCAGGUGGAGUGCUGUACGCUGUUAAUGGAAAGCCGUACUAUGGAUAUUCCGCCCCUGUACAAGGCUUUAUGCUGAAUUUCUCCAAUGGGGAUAUUCUAGAUACCUUCAUUCCUGCUAGAAAGAAUUUUGACAUGCCCCAUGAUAUUGCUGCGGCAGAUGAUGGAACAGUGUAUGUUGGGGAUGCACAUGCCAACGCAGUGUGGAAGUUCUCCCCUUCAAAGGCCGAACAUCGAUCUGUGAAAAAAGCUGGAAUAGAGGUUGAAGAAAUAACAGAAACAGAGAUUUUCGAGACCCAUAUAAGAAGCAGACCGAAGACAAAUGAGUCUGUUGAGAAACAAACACAGGAGAAGCAGCAGAAGCAAAAGAACAGUGCUGGGGUGUCUACACAAGAGAAGCAAAAUGUUGUGCAAGAGAUCAAUGCUGGGGUGCCUACACAAGAGAAGCAGAAUGUUGUGCAAGAGAGUAGUGCUGGGGUGCCUACACAGGAGAAGCAGAGUGUUGUGCAAGAGAGUAGUGCUGGGGUGUCUACACAGGAGAAGCAGAGUGUUGUACAAGAGAGCAGCGCUGGGGUGUCCUUCGUUCUUAUCAUCACUCUUCUCAUCAUUCCUAUCGCAGUUCUCAUUGCCAUUGCAAUCUUCAUUCGCUGGAGGAAAGUCAGAAUGUAUGGAGGUGACAUUGACCACAAAUCAGAAUCCAGUUCAGUGGGCAUUUUGGGAAAACUUAGAGGGAAGGGCAGCGGAGGCCUUAAUCUGGGAACAUUCUUUGCAACUCACAAAGGCUACAGUAGAAAAGGCUUCGACAGGCUGAGUACAGAAGGAAGUGACCAAGAGAAAGACGAUGAUGAUGGCUCAGACUCUGAAGAAGAGUAUUCUGCCCCUCCUAUUCCACCAGCUCCUGUAUCUUCCUCCUGAAACAGUUGACUUCUUCCAUACAACCUUUUGCCCCAUUAGCACGUUUAAGAUUGUGUAUUUAAGUGUUACUGUACUAGUCUGUGGACUGUACAAUUGUCAUAGUUUUUCCUUUUAUUUUUAUUUGAAGUGCUGUUGUAGUCUUUAUAUGAACAUUCAAAAUAAUUCUAUUUGGUAGAAUGACUUUGGCUUUAGAGAGCGUUUUAUCCAGUGUUUGAUGGCCUUCCUCUGCUUCACCAAUAGCACUUUAACUGCCAAUUAUUUUCAAGCCUUUAACUGAAAACUAAUCGCAUUACAAAGAUAUGUGCCACAUAAAUGCAAAGCUGCUAAAUCUCUUCUAUUUUUUUAAAUUAACAACAUGAUAUUACGUCCAAGAAAGGAAAUGAUAGACAAAAUAUUUAAUGUUUCUUAUUUCUUUCUAUUUUUUUUCUCUUCGUUUUUGGUGUUUAUUGGGAUGUCUUAUUUUUAGAUGGUUCCACUGUUUAGAACACUAUUUUCAGAAUUUGAAUGUACUUUGUGUAAUAAAGUGUUCGCAGAGCAUUA